AUGCACGGCCUAGUGAACCUUUUACCUAACGAACCCGAUGACGGAGGCCUCAUUGUAUGCCGCGGCGCGCAUCUCCUAUCCGAACAGUUUUACCGUGAAAUAGCGGACGAGGAGCAGAUCCCCGCAUGGUCACCAGAGCGCUCCAAGAAUAGCCGGCCCCAGUUUGCCAUCUACACGUGCUAUCUGCCGGAUGCUUUUGAUCGCCGUGUUGGCCAGACACACUGGCCGAAUGCGAAGCAUACAGGGUCCAAUAUCGGCCAGCAGGAUGGUAAAGAAGACCCGCACAACCGCCUGGCGCCGAUGACUGAGCCUGCUUUCAAUGAGCGAACUUUCAGGUUAACCCGUAUUUCCUAUAUUCGCGAAGAGUCAAUCCAGGCCGAUGGCGAUGCAAAUGUGCAGAUCAAGCAGACGGCUGUUGCUGCAUGA